AAAUAAUAUUGAUAAUCUCACACACGAUGAAUCUGGUGUGAUGAUCAAUUUGGAUUUUAAUAUCAAAUCAAAUCUUCUUUUCUCAAAAUUCAAAAAUCAAAGAAAAUCCUUUCUAAAAUAUUGUUCGAAACGAGACGAAAUAUUAAAGAAUCAACCACGAUACAUUCCAUUAGAAUAUUAUCGAGACUGCCACAUUCUUGUUAAAUAUCCCCAUCUAUUGCGAAAUUUAUCAAUUUUAAAUGAUCAAGACUUUAUUUUGUACUUUCUAAUAGCGAGGGAACAUUUAUUUGGCAUUAAAAUUGACAUUCCUGACAAGAUGAGACAAGAUCCAAACUUUAUUGUGAAGGCAAUCAAGGCAAAUCAUCAAAUUUUCCCAAAAUUAUUCCCAAAAGAUGAACCAGUUUCGUUUAAUUUCAAAUAUGGAAAUGCAGAUCUGAAAUUAAAAGAAAAUUCAGACAUUUUUCCUGAAAAUUUGGUGAAUUAUUUCGUAAAAUUGAAUCCAGAAAUUCUCAAAUUUGUCAAUUGGAAAGAAGUCGAUAGAGAGCUAGUUAUUGAAAUAUUAAGCAAGAAUAUUAGUUUGUGUAUGAAUGGUGACAGGGAAUUGACAUUAUUGGCAAUUGAAUGUAAUCCAAAUGCCUUGAAAUUUGCAAAUAUUGAGUUUAGAAAUGAUGAAGAAAUUGUGUUGAAAGCCAUUUCACAAGAUAAGAAUCUCCUUCAAUAUGCAACUGUUUCAAUGAUUGAGAGAAUUUUAGGAAACAAUGAGCUAAUUGACUAUUCCGCAGAAGAUAGAGUCAAUUUGAUUUUGAAUGGAUAUCCAGAGCUAUUUAAAUACCUUCCAAAACAUCUUAAAUCAGAUGAGGAAUUCUUACGUGAAUUAAUCAAGAAAGAUGCAAGACUAAUUCAAUUCAUUCCUGAAUAUUUAAUGUUCACUGACAAGGAAGUGAAAUGGAUCAAAUAUAUGGAGGGAAAUUUGGAGUAUAUUGAAUUGGAUCCAUUAGAAAAUAGUAGGGAAGAAGAUUGGGAUUUAUUGUCGAGAUUUAAGAGUGCAAUCUAUUUGGCACCUAAAUAUCUUAGGGAAAAUAAGGAAUUUGUUUUGAAAUGUUUGAAAUAUCAUCCUGAAUGUAUUAGUUCAACAAGAUUGCAAUUUUUAGAUGAUGAAGAGGUUAUGUCAUUUGUAUUAUCUAAGGUUCCAGAGCUGUUUUGUUAUGCUUCUGACAGAUUGAAAGAUGACAAGGAAUUUGUCAUGAAAUAUUUAGAUCAGUAUCCUGAAAUGUUCAAGUAUUUGAGCCGAAGAUUGGGAACUGAUAAGGAAUUAAUUUUAAAGUAUGUUUCCUGUGAGAAGGAACCAAACAUUAAUUUAUCUCCAUUCUUGAAUGAUGAAGAAUUUAUGCUCAAGUUGGCUGAACGAAACCCAAACUUGGUAAACAAAUUCAAAGGUGUUUCUCCUGAAAUAUUAAGGAAUCUCAUUGAACAAAAUAAUAAUGUGGAAUCACUAAUUUCACAAUAUUCAAACUCGGAAUCUGAAGAAGAAAUUGAAUUGGCAGCUUUGUCAAUUGGAUAUCUUGUGGAGAAACAUACAUGCACAGUUUCUUCAUGUAAGGGGAAAUUACCUUUCACCAUUCGACCAUCUAUUUCAGUUUCUAGAAAUCAAGUCGAUUCAUGGAUUAAAAAGAGAUUGGAGAAGGAAUUUGACGGAUUGUACAUUCCAUUGUCAACAGCAAUGUUUGUGAAGGGAUGUUUCAUAACUGAACACAUUUCUGUCUAUACUUCUUAUUGACAGCAUCAGUAGCAAUUAGAUUAUCCAACUUGUGAGAAUUCACAAGCACAGCUUCUCCUUACAAUUCAACUAACACAAUAAAUUUGAAUUUAAUUU